AUGCCUAUGCUUAGAGACCCCUCUGUGAAAUACAGAAAGUUCCCGCAAGUGGACUUGCCCAAUCGUAAGUGGCCCUCGAGAACCUUGGAUAAACCGCCACGUUGGUUAUCAACCGAUUUGAGGGAUGGGAACCAGUCCUUACCAGAUCCCAUGUCUAUUUCGGAAAAGAGGGAAUAUUUCAGCAAGUUGGUAAGUAUAGGAUUUAAGGAGAUUGAAGUUGCGUUUCCGCUGGCAUCACAGAUUGACUUUGAUUUCACUAGAUUUGCGGUGGAGACCGCGCCAGCAGAUGUCUCAAUCCAGGUUUUGUCGCCUUGUCGUGAGGAACUAAUCAAGAGAACAGUAGAGUCAUUAAAGGGAGCCAAAAGAGCAACUGUCCAUAUAUACUUGGCCACUUCAGAUUGCUUUAGAAACAUUGUAUUUGGGUUAAGCAAAGAAGAAAGCAAAGCCUUGGCUGUAAAAUGCACCAAGUUGGUUAGGCAAUUAACUAAAGACGAUCCUUCAACCGCUGGAACAGAUUGGGAUUUUGAAUUUUCACCAGAAACAUUUUCAGAUACUAAUAUGAACUAUGCUCUUGAAGUUUGCGAAGCAGUGAAACAAGCUUGGGAGCCAAGCAAAGAAAAACCAAUAAUUUUUAACUUACCUGCAACUGUUGAAAUGUCAACACCUAAUGUCUAUGCUGAUCAGAUAGAAUACUUUGCGACUCAUAUUAGUGAUCGUGACCAUGUUUGUAUCUCACUUCACCCGCACAAUGACAGAGGCUGCAGUGUUGCCGCAGCAGAGCUCGGUCAAUUAGCAGGAGCCGACCGUGUGGAAGGUUGUCUUUUUGGAAAUGGUGAACGUACCGGUAACGUUGAUUUGGUGACAUUGGCCUUGAACUUGUACACACAGGGUGUGUACCCAAACCUAGAAUUUUCUGAUAUAACCUCUGUGAUAGAUGUUGUUGAGAAAUGUAAUAAAAUACCUGUUCAUGCAAGAGCACCAUACGGUGGAUCACUUGUGGUUUGUGCAUUUAGUGGAUCCCAUCAAGAUGCAAUCAAGAAAGGCUUCACCGAUUACGAGAAUAAAAAGAAAGCUGCAGGUGGCAAGAAUGUUCACUGGCAAUUACCUUAUUUACCUUUGGAUCCACAAGAUAUAGGACGUACUUACGAGGCUAUAAUCCGUGUCAAUUCGCAAUCAGGAAAAGGUGGUUCUGCUUGGGUCAUUUUACGUAAUUUAGAAUUAGAUUUACCAAGAGGUUUGCAAAUAGCUUUCUCAAAAAUUGUCCAAGAACGUGCCGAAAUUAAAGGUCAAGAGUUGACAAAUCAAGAGUUGUGCUCUUUGUUUAAACAGGAGUAUUUUAUUGACUACGAGGAGGAAGAUGGCAACAACAACAACAACGAGACACCUGAUCAAUACUUUAAAUUGCUUGAUUAUUCAUUAUCGACACCAAAUAAAGGGACAAAGGAGAUUGAUGCUGAACUUGAAAUAAAUGGCCAAUCUGUAAAGAUCAAGGGACAAGGAAAUGGUCAAUUAUCGGCAUUUAAUGAUGCUUUGGCCAAAUACUUGAAGAUUAAUAUUGACGUUAAACAUUACCAUGAGCAUUCUUUGGGUGAAGACUCAAACGCUAGAGCAGCCACUUACAUUGAGGUCUUGGUCAAUAACAAGAUUACAAGAUGGGGUGUUGGUAUCAAUACGGAUGUUUCGCAAGCAUCUUUCCUUUCAUUGAUAUCAGUACUCAACGGUCUAAAAAGAGAUCAAGAUAUUUAA